GACGGGAGCGGGGAGGGAACAUGGCGGGGCAUUGUGGGACGCGCGUGAUGGCGGCGCCCCUCGGGCAGCGGGUGGCGGGUCCGGCUCGGUGGGUUUGCAGCGCUGCUGCUGCUGCUGCUGCUGCUCGCCGCCCGUGGAGGCUUUUCGGCGCGAUGUGCUUGCUGAGGCUUCCCCGGAUCACGCAGCCUCUGGAGAAGGAGGAGGAGGAGAUGAUGGCGCUUAUGGGGCAGAUAGAGCUGGAGAAAAGCCACUAUUCGGAUCACGAAAUCCGUAAGCUGGAGGAGGAGGAGCGGCUCAAGAGGAGGAAGGAAAGCCUGUAUGAUGAUGAUGAUGAAGUGACUGGCAGGACGGUUAUCAUGGCUCAAGACCUGGAGGACAAGUGGGAACAGAAAUUUCUGCGGUUCAAACCUGCUCCACGGAUAACAGAUGCUGAUAAAAAGAACAUUCGAACAUCGUUGAACAGGAAGCUGGACAGUAACCUGAUGCUUCUGGUGAAACAGAAAAUUGGUAACCAGGAACUGUGGCUCCUGCCUCAAGCGGAAUGGCAGCCUGGAGAGACUCUGAGAAGCACAGCUGAGCGAGCCAUGGCUACGUUUUUGGGAGAUCACAUUCAAGCCAAAAUCCUGGGGAAUGCACCGUAUGGGAUUUACAAGUAUAAGUUCCCCCGGGCCAUCAGGACUGAGGAUAAUGUUGGAGCCAAAGUCUUCUUCUUCAAAGCCUUCCUGCAGAGCACUGAUUUUACCCAGACAGAGCUGAAGGCAGAUUACCUGUGGGUCACAAAGAACGAGCUGGGAGAUUACCUGAAGCCGGAAUACCUGAAAAAAGUCGAUCGAUUCCUCCUGGACUUGUAAGCGACGGGCUGUGCUCCAGCAGAUGGGGAAGAUGUGGGACAUGGCUCCAGGGAGGAGCACGGCUGCUGCUUUGCAUGGUCUGUGUGUAUGAGAUGUUAACUUGGGCUCUGGAGGAUAAUUUGCCUUUGCCUUAUUUCUCAGUUCUCUUCACUGGCCCUGUACUGAAUAAAUAUUAAAACUUAUACUCGGAAGUGAA